AUAAAUAAACUCAUAAAUUGUUUGUCUUAAUAAAACUUUCCAAUAAAACCGAUUUCGUCAUAUUCACAUUCACAAACCUUUUUUCCAAAAUCCCCAAACUCAAAAACCCCCAAAUUCCCUCUUUCUCUCUCCUCGAUUUCACCUCAAUUCUCCGUUAAUCAUCUAAUCUCUCUCCAACCCAACAAAAUUCCCCUCCAAUUCAACUAAUUCGUCUUCCUUAAACCCUCGAGGAAUUUCUCAAUUCCCCAAUUUCGCAUGCUAGGGUUUGAUCAAAGGGUUUUACCAUCGAAUUUCUAGAAAGUCCAUGAAAUCAUGGUCAAUUUCGACGCUGGCGAAGUAACCACCUCUAUACCAGACCUAAAACGAGCGGAAAUUUGUGAUAUAUCUUCCUCGAAGUCUGUAAUUGAGACCGUAAAUGGGUCCCACCGUUUCGAAAUCAAGGGGUAUUCUCUUGCGAAAGGUAUGGGUGCUGGAAAAUACGUUUCCAGCGACAUUUUUACCGUUGGUGGGUAUGAUUGGGCGAUAUAUUUUUACCCAGAUGGUAAAAACCCUGAAGAUAGCUCCACAUAUGUUUCGGUUUUUAUAGCGUUAGCUAGCGAUGGCACAGAUGUUAGGGCGUUGUUUGAAUUGACGUUGCUUGAUCAAACUGGGAGUAAGAAACACAAGGUUCAUAGUCAUUUCCAUCGGGCUCUCGAAAGCGGGCCGUAUACUUUGAAGUAUAAAGGGAGUAUGUGGGGAUACAAGCGUUUCUUCAGGAGGCCAGCUUUGGAAUCGUCGGAGUUUUUGAAGGAGGAUUGCCUUGUGCUGGAGUGCACUGUUGGAGUUGUUAGAAGUCGUAUGGAGAGACCUAAACAAUAUAGCAUAAACAUGCCACCAUCUGAUAUGGGUCGUUGUUUUAAAGAUUUGUUUGAGAAUGAAAUUGGGUGCGACAUUGUCUUUAAAGUUGGAGACGAUACAUUCAAUGCCCAUAAAUUGGUUCUUGCUGCUCGCUCUCCUGUAUUCAAAGCGCAGUUCUUUGGACUUGUCGGAAAUCCAGAUAUGGAUACAGUGGUGGUGGAAGAUGUGGAACCGUCUAUAUUCAGGGCCAUGCUGCUGUAUAUUUACUCUGACAGCCUUCCUGAUGUUCAUGAAAUAAUGGGCUCAAACACUUCAUGUUCGUUUACAAUCAUGGUGCAACAUUUGUUGGCUUCUGCUGACCGGUUUGGCCUAGACAGGCUGAAACUAAUAUGUGAAUCCAAAUUAUGUGAUGAAAUAACCGUUGAAACUGUGCCUACAACCCUCUCGCUAGCUGAGCAGCACAGAUGUGUGCAGCUGAAGAGUGCUUGUUUGAAAUUUGCUGCAGCACACUUGAAUGUGAUGCAUUCAGAAGGCUUCAGGCACUUGGAAGAGAGUUGUCCGUCGUUGCUGUCAGAACUACUCCAGACUGUCGCCUCAGUGGACGAUUCUUCAGGUUUGCCUUCAAGCAAGAAAAGGAGCAGCAGCAGCGUGUUUGGGCUUGAUCUCGCAGCAGAGACAGGAAUUCCUGCAGAAUCAGUGAAUCCGACUGGCAGACGUUUCAGGAGACGCCUUUAGUUUUAAUCCUCCUGCCAUAUCAUGGCAGAGUUCUAGGUACAUUUAGUGCCUUUUUUUUUCCCAACCAUAGUUAUGAUGCAAAAUCAAGUUGGUGUUAAUAGCAAGCAGUUUAACUUGGAUGUUGUCAAUGCAUGGGCUACUGCAAUCUCGUGCCCUGGUUUCAGUAUAGAAGUUUCUCUUUUUAGUUUUCUUGUAUUUUCUUUUGUUCUUUGGUGGAUAAAAGUAGGAGUAUGUUUAAAUAUUUGUUGUAGAUAACAAAGAUAACAGUUUCUUUCUGACUGUUGACUGGAUGAUCUGAUUAGAAAAAAGAUGACUCGCUUCUCUGUUUAGCACAUAUCACUACUUGGUUAUUUAUAGCAAUUUGGAUUUGUCUUUAUAAAUAAAUGAUAUUAAUUUACCUU